CAUUUCUGUCUUAAAAAAAAAACUUCUCAAACAACGUGCACGAGAAAUGCACAUACUUCGAAACCUCAAAAUAAAAUAAAGUUUCGGUCGACAAUAAAGAUAAAAUAACAAAAAUGUUGCGAAGACAGGCCCGUUUACGGCGAGAAUACUUGUACAGAAAAUGUGCCGAAGAUAAGCAUAAACAGCUACAAGAGAAAAAAGACCGACUAAAACGGAGCUUAGAUGAAGGAAUUCCUAUACAUGGUGAUCUACGGAGGGAAGCGCUAUCGCUUCAAGAUAAAUUGAAAUGGAACGAUGAAGGUCCAAGUGCAGCGGCUGCAAUUAGCGGUGUUAGUGGUGGAGCUAAUACAGCCAAUUCACAAGACGAUGAGUACAGAUAUGCAGGGUGUGAAGAUCCGAAAAUCAUGAUCACAACCUCACGUGACCCGUCAGCUCGAUUGAAGAUGUUUGUUAAGGAGCUCCGUCUAAUCUUUCCGAAUGCUCAACGCAUGAACCGUGGUAACUACGAAAUGAAACAGCUAAUUCAUGCGUGCCGGGCGAACGACGUGACCGAUUUCGUUGUGGUACAUGAACAUCGAGGUGUUCCCGAUAACUUAGUCAUCUGCCAUCUGCCGCACGGACCAACUGCCUAUUUCAAUUUAUCUGGUGUGGUUAUGCGACACGACGUACCCGACAUUGGACCGAUGAGUGAACAGAAGCCGCAUCUGAUAUUCCACAAUUUCAAAACAAAAUUGGCCGAACGAACCAUGUCCAUUUUGAAGUAUUUGUUUCCCGUGCCCAAAGAGGACUCGAAACGUGUGAUCACUUUUGCCAAUCAUGACGAUUACAUUGCGUUCCGCCAUCACACAUACAAAUACGUUGAACGUGAAAUUGAUAUGACGGAAGUCGGACCGAGAUUCCAGUUGAAAUUGUAUCAAAUCAAAUUGGGUACAUUAGAUGAGGUGCAGUCUGCUGACACUGAAUGGGUUUUGAGACCGUAUAUGAAUACAGCGGCAAAGAGAAGAUUUUUGUCAGACGAAGAUGGGUGGGUGCAGGACGAUGAUGUUGAACAGAAUUAAAGUAUCCGAAAUGCGAGAAUUUGU